GUACACUUUGUGUAAAUGUGUACAGGUAAUUAUAGAAACUGUGUGUACACUUUGUGUGAAUGUGAACAGGGGUGGCACUCUGUCGGUAAACCUCUGACUUUAGAGAGAGACUUUACUGGUGAUGAGAUGGAGGAGUAUGCUUCCUACCUGGCCCAUGUCACCUUGGUGAUGAGACAUAGCCCAGACUUUGUACUCAACCUCUUCUCAGAUGUGGAUGGGGAACAAUACCUCAAGUGUAUACAGGAGUUGACUUUGAAAAGUGGUAUCACAUUUGAAUCAAGUUAUCAGCUGCUACGUCAGAAGGUUUUUGACAUAGAUUUAAAGCAAGAAAAGGGAAAACUUAAAAGGUGUCGUCUGCCAAGUGGGAAAUCAAUCUGGCUGUGUAAAGAACACAUUGAUAAGCUAAAGGUUACAGUGCUGAGUGAAAAUGUGACUGAGGCAAAGCAAAAGUCUACCAACCAAGUCUGGGUGGAGGCCAUGGUAGAGGCUCUAAGAGUCCAACUGAAUAUGCCCUUCACUUUCAGGUCUACUGUUCUACAGAGAAGGACAUAUGACACAACAGGUGAGGAUGUGGCUGAGGUUGAGAGACACACACAGAUGACCUUGUCACAAAACACCUCUACGUUAGACCAGACAACCCUGAAACAGGCAAUUCAGGAGGUUCAGAAAGAAGAGGGAGCCGUCAGACAAACUUCUGAAGAUGUUAAAGACGUCAAGCUGCCAAAUUUGAGACAAUCCUCUAAAGAGAUUCAGGAAUCGCCUCCAAAGGAAGGGAAUGCAAGCAGGCAAGAUUCUCAAGAAGUCCAGAGUCCGCUUUCAAAGGAAAAAAGAGAUACCAGACAAGUCACACAAGAGGUUCCAGGCUCACCACGGAAGGACAAGGAGGAGAAACCAAAGAAAAAACGAAGGAAGAGCCACAAAAAGUCAAAAGAUGAGGCAACUUCAGAGAUCAAUUUGGACAUCACUUCUCAAGUGACACAUAAUGAACCAGGUGUUGACAGUGUAAAAAAGACACCUGAUAAGUUACCUCCUAUUACCCAGUCUACUGUAGGGACACCGGGAGUAGUGACGUCUGGUGCCUCUCCUACAGAGAUUGGUGGAGAUAAUUUAGCUCCUACCCCAUCAGCUGUGACAACACUGGAUAGCUCAGUUACCCAGGAGACCACAGGACAAUACAAAGACCAUUCCAAACUUCAUUCUCCAUCCAGUAACAAGAACAAGUAUACCCACAAACCAUCUAAUCAGGAUUCCGCUGUCGGCUCUAUACAGUCAACUGCGCAAGUCACUCCAGUUCCAAACACUUACAACCUUUCCACUAAAGAUGCCAAAAGAACACCCUCUACCAUACGAGGAGGCAGUUCUCAAGAAGAUAAGUCAGCAAGUAAAGCAUGUGUAAUAUUGUGAUAAGUUGAUGAUGGUGAAAUACAUGCAUAUUGUGAUGGAAUAAGAUACAGUACUGUUACAGUUAAUUCUAAUGGCAUAUAUUGUGAGGGAAUGAUAUAUUGUAAGUGCCAUAUCUCUAUGAAAAAAAUAAUCCGAAAAUGGCGCAAAAAAGUGACGUCACAAUACGGCCAUUGAGUUUGUGUAUUGAUUUGUGAAAAAGAAUCACUUA